CAGAAACAGGCCCACUAUACAGUCCCGCCUCCCCGUUUCCCAACCGACCUUUAGCUACAGCUCAGCGUCUCCUCUGUCCAAGGCAGGAGGCUUGGCGGCGGCGUUGGGCGGCUGCAAUGGUGGACGUCGACCGCCGGAUGGCCAGCCUCACGCCGGCGGCGCACGCGGCGGGGCUGCGCCGCCUUUCCACGCGCGCCGCGGCGAGCCCGUCCUCGGCGUCGGCCUCCCCGCGGCAGGGGCUGCACUCCUUCGCCCCGCUCGCGGCUGCGGUGCUGGGCCACCUCCGGGCCUCCGGGGUGGCGGUGCUCCCGGGCCUCACGGAGCUCGAGCUGGCGCACGCCGAGGCCGAGAUGGGGUUCGCGUUCCCGCCCGACCUCCGCGCCGUCCUCGCCGCGGGCCUCCCGUCGGGGCCCGGGUUCGCUGACUGGCGCUCGUGCGCGGGGCUCCGCUCCGCGUUCGACAUGCCCAUCGUGGCGGCGUCGCUGCAGAUCGCACGGGGCGCGCUGUGGCCGCGCUGCUGGGGGCCACGCCCCGCCGACCCCGACCGCGCGCUGCGGCUCGCGCGCUCCGCCAUCCGCCGCGCGCCGCUGCUCGUGCCGCUCUUCGACCGCUGCUUCCUGCCCUGCCGCCCCUGCCUCGCCGGCAACCCGGUGUUCUUCGUCACCGACGACCGCGUCCUCUGCUGCGGCCUCGACAUCCUCCACUUCGUCACCCGCGACUCCUGCUUCCAGCCGCCGGAUCUGCGGGCGCCGCCGCCUCCGGUGGCGCAGCAGCAGCAGUACGCCGGGGAGGCCGUCGCCACGCCGUGCACGCGCCGCAGCCUCGACGCGGCCUGCCGCGGUAAGGCGCCGCGCUGGAUAGAAUUCUGGAGCGACGCGGCGUCCGACCAUCGCCGCCGCAACUCGUCGUUCUCGGAUGCAUCCACAGCGUCGUCGCUGUCCUCAGGGUGCGCAUCGCCACCGCCUGCUAGGUGGCCCAGGAACCCGCACUGGGUCGACAGCUACCUUGACCGGCUGGGCCACGUGCUGAGGCAGGGCGGGUGGAGGGACACGGAGGUGACGGAGAUGGUCGAGGUGGCGGCCUCCGGGGUGUUCGACGGUGAGGAGGCGGCGGUCCCCGUGGUGGACUCAGACGCAGUGCUCGAUGCGCUCCUGCUCAAGGCCGACCAGUGCUCCGACUCGCUCCGGCGGGCCGGAUGGAGCUCGGAGGACGUAUCGGACGCGCUCGGGCUGGACCUCCGCUGGUGCAAGGAGCGGCCGCGCCCCGCCAUGCUGGUACCACAAGAGAUUGCCGUCAAGGUCGAGCGGCUUGCGCAGUCAGUGGCGCGCCCCUGACUGACUGACCUCCCGCCGCCCUCACCGCAGCCGUGGCAUGGUCACAUCAGCCUCCCUACUCACCACUCACCAGUUUCCGGUGUGUGCCAUUUUCCUUUUCGUACAGAAAAGUUGCUGUUUUCAUUGGCUUUUUCACUGUAAGAAAAGAAUACUUUAAUCAAGUAGUAAAAACUGUACGAAAAGUUAAACCCA